GUACGGCGGCGGCGCAAAGCACCCUGGGUCCGACUGGUUUGAUUUUUUGAAGGCGUGGACGGCGGGAACUGCUCGUCCUCGUCCUGCCUAAGCGAGAGGAGCGGAGGUAAGAGUAAACGUAAGACCUGGUGACGGACGGGACCGUGACUAGGGUGGAAGGGUGAACGGCUUCUUAAAACGGCGUGUUCUGGAGCAGCAAGGAAAUCUGGGUGUCUGUUACCGCUUGCCUGCCCAGCUUCACAGGGGCGCCUGUGGAAAUCUGAGGAGAUGGAGUGGGCGAAUGACGGCAAGUCCAAAGGAGGUGUUUUAGCUCACUUGGAAAGACUAGAGAUUCAAGUGAAUAGAUCCCGUAAAAACUCAGAAGAUCUGCAGAGAGCACAGGCCGUUGAAGGCGCUCUUAGGACCAAGAUUCAUAAACUGAGAUGUCUACGAGAUGAACUGAGAGCUGAAGCAAAGCAGCGUCAAGCCAGAAUUAAAGCAUCUGCUGCCAAUGUAGAACCUGACCAAACCCUGGAAAUCAGUGAGCAAGAAGUUGCGGAAAGAAGACGAGAAAAUGUGAAAGCCAUCCUGCGGGCAUAUCGUUUCACAGGGCUCAGUGGGAAGCUGACCAGCCGAGGGUUCUGUGUCUGCAUCAGCACUGCUUUUGAGGGAAAUCUGCUGGAUUCCUAUUUCGUCGACCUUGUCAUACAGAAGCCACUUCAGAUACAUCACCAUUCCAUUCCGGUCUUCAUUCCCCUCGAGGAGAUCUCUGCAAAAUACUUACAGACUAAUAUUCAGCACUUCCUGUUCUGUCUUUGUGAAUACCUAAAUGCUUACGCUGGGAGGAAGUACCAGGCAGAUCGACUUCAGAGUGACUUUGCAGCCUUCCUGGCCGGGCCCUUGCGGAGAAACUCGCUGUGCAACUUGCUCUCCUUCACUUACAAAGUGGAGCCGCAGGGUCAGUCGGUCCCAUUUUGUGCCAGACUGCGGUAUAAGGACCUCACGACAACCCUGCCAACUGACGUCACCGUUACGUACCAAGGAACGGACGCAUUAUCCCCCUCGUGGGAAGAACAGCGAGCAUCCCAUGAAAAUCUGUUUUUUUCGAAGCCCCUACACCAAGUGUUUACUUCAUUUGCAAGAAAAGGAGAAAAGUUGGAUAUGAGCCUGGUCUCCUAGAAUAUUUUCAUUGGGAACAUGUCAAAAAGUAAAAGGAAAUAUUGCACUUUCUGCUGUCAUGACUAAGGUGGCAGGGGUUCCGGAAGAACCUUUCAAGAUUAUCAGGAACAUAGCAUGAGGGCCAGUUCACCUAACCCGGACCAGAUUGAGACGAGCAGGUCUCCAACUUGAAAGACUGCUUCCAGGUGAGCACUGGGGAGCAGAACACUUGCCUGCUCGGCCAUCCUGUCCCACCACGUCCUCGUCUGAAGCACAGCUUUCCCGUCUGUGCUCCGAGCCCAGAAGCAAAGGCAGCUUUGUUCCACCUCGGACACGUUUCCUGCUCACAGUGGCCAUGGCCUCUCUGGGGGAAGGAGGGCUGGUCAGACCCAGG